AUGAUCUCUGAAAUCUACUUUGGACCUUUUUUGGUUUCUAAGCAAGUAUUUUUUCAUGCAAAAAAUUCUUUGGCACUUGUAAAUUUGAAGCCAGUGCUUCCAGGACAUGUUCUUGUCAUUCCUAGACGUCCUGUACCACGUCUUCGUGAUUUAACGGAAUCAGAAAUACUAUGUCUUUUCUCCACUGUUCAAAAGGUAUCAUCUGUUGUUGAGAAGGCGUUUUGUGCAUCAUCAUGUACUGUCACAAUUCAGGAUGGGAAAUAUGCCGGCCAGACGGUUCCUCAUCUUCAUGUUCAUAUAAUACCCAGAAAACCUUAUGAUUUAAAGGAAAAUGAUGAGAUUUAUGAGAGAUUAGCUUCUGAGGAUGCUGAUUUGGGAAAAUUAUAUCGUGAAAAAACAAAAGGUUUUCAAAAAAUUGAUGAUGCUGACAGAAAGCCACGAAGUGACAAAGAAAUGGAAGAAGAAGCACGUUGGUUAGAAGAAUUUUUUGAUUUUAAUAAUAUUUCAUAA